AUGAACGGAACUUCCCAGAUCGAAGUCCACCCGUACCUGAACCAGCAGAAGUUGUUCGACCACUGCAAGUCCCUGGGCGUAGCGGUGACGGCAUACUCCCCGCUGGGCUCCCCCGACAGACUCUGGGCGAAGCCCGGUGACCCCCAAUUGAUGGAGGACAAGAGGCUUAAGAGCAUUGCCGAUAAAUACAAGAAGACCAUAGCGCAGGUCCUCAUCAGAUACGCGAUCGAUCGCGGCAUGAUCGUGAUCCCGAAGUCUGUGACGCGUUCCCGCAUCGAGCAGAACUUCAAGGUGUUCGACUUCAAGCUGGCGCCCGAAGACCUGCAGCAAAUCGCGGAGCUCGAGUGCAACGGCAGGGUAUGCAGCAUGGGCGAGUGA